ACCCCCCUCCCCUGGCAGAGCGGGGCUGGGGAACGGGAGGAGGGCUGUUGUGUCUGUGCGUCCACUGGCCAGAUUUAGGCUGGUGCUUGGGCGAUGAGCAUUUAAUCCGGCUGCUUUUGGAAGACCGUUAGGUAGCGGCAGGCGAAUUUACCGGCCCUGGAAACCUCCCAGGUCUCGUCCAGCGCUCUGAAGAAUUUUAGUUUUCACGCACCCAAAAAAAUAAUAAUGGAAAUACGGGCGCUGUGCACUUACGGAGGGUGGACCAGAGAGAGAGAGAGCCCGUGAAGCAGGUCGGACUGCCAAGGCCUCCCCGUUAUCUGCAGGUCUUUGCUGUGCCAACGCGUGAGGAUGUCCAGUGACCCCCCACCUCCUUACCCAGGGGGCCCCAGUGCUCCCCCCAUCGAAGAGAAGAACGGCACGCCACCUGUCCCAGGGCCUGUUCCCGAGAUGGCGGCUCCUGUGCAGGGACCCCCCGUUCCACCGGAAGACGCCCCCCCGCCCUACGAGGCCGUGUCUCAGCCUGGCUUCCCUCCCCCCCACGUUCCCGGAGCCGGGGCGAUGCCCCAGCCCCCCCAAGCUGGGUUCUACCCGCCCCCAGGGCAGUUCCCCCAGCCCAUCCCGGGACAGUACCCGCCGAGCCCGGGGCACUACCCCGCCCCAGGGGGCCACACGGCCACCGUGAUCGUGCCGCCGGGCGCUGCCACCACCGUGACCGUGCUGCAGGGGGAGAUGUUCCAGGAGGUGUCCGUGCAGACCGUGUGCCCGCACUGCCAGCAGCCCAUCGUCACCAGGGUCUCCUACGACAUCGGCCUCAUGAACAUGCUCUUCUGCCUCUUCUGCUGCUUCCUGGGCUGCAACAUGGGCUGCUGUCUGAUCCCUUGCUUGAUGGACAACCUCAAGGACGUGACGCACACCUGCCCCUACUGCAAGGGCUACAUCUACACAUACAAGCGCAUGUGCUAACAGGGCUACGUCUGUGGUCACAGCUCCCCCUAGUGGAAUGUCUGAGUUUGUCUGUGGUAGUUACAGUCCUUUAUGUUCAGUCAUUCACAGUCCCUGCGAUGUUUUUUUAGGUAGCUGUACUGCAUUUAAUAUGCAUGUAUGCAUUUCUAUGUAUAUACAUAUAUAUAUGCAUAUGUGCAGAAAUUAAGAUCUUAAUUGACUGGGCAAUUCACUGGAAGAGUCACACGUCUGAAAAAAAGGCCCUGAAGAAAAUGGGUGGUGGAGGUUUUUUAUACUAUUGGUGAUCUUUGUGAUGGGCUUUCAGGUGGGAGAUUACCUCUGAACAUGCCACAGUCAGCAGAAGGGCACUUUGACUAAAUUAGUGUGGUGCUAUUAAACAUCUUUAUUGUGGACUGGAAGAUUAACGGGAAGAUUUCUAAAUCACAAUUUUUUAAAACAAAAUGGUUAUAAGAGAUUUUAAAAUUGUGAACUCGAGUGAAAAAGAGCUUCUUUUUUUUCUUACACUAAUUAUAGCAGCCACAGAGAGUACCAUAUUGGGACUUUUUCUCUUAAGGUAGUAUGCUGUUGGAAGUAGAAGGAUAACAGUUUGUCUGAAUGUUAACAUUGCAGGUUCAGCUGAGGGUUCCUUUGAACUCCAGAGCCACCUUCUGGGUGAUAAACAGCCAUGUGGCUCGCUUAAAGUAGCUAAAAUGAAGCGUUUUAGGUGAUUUCAAUGAGAUGUCUGUUACUGUAGCACUGACUGUCAGCAGGUAGCAGUAGCUGCUGAUACAAGCGGAGCUGCACAGUUGCAGACGUACUGCGUGCAGCCUCCCCGGUCGCAGCAGGAGAAAGACAGAAUACAUUUGCACAAUGUGACAAGUCAGCGUUUCCGGGAAAAGAGUCUGAUUCUUGCGUUAGCACUUUAACCGUGAUUGUUUUUAUUUCGGUAAGGGCAUUAAAAGGCGUAGAGGUCUUCGUCCUCUGCAAAAGGGCCUGUGCAGUGAACCCGCACUAGGCUGUUGAUUACAAUGUAGAUGGAAACUAAUGAGGAAAGUACAAGGAAGAGUUUAGAGCAGUUUCCCGUAACGUUGUGAGAAAUUCAGAGGGUGAGGUUUGUGAUAUGCUUGUUAGUUAUCUGUUCUGCAGCUUGACUGUAGUUCAGAGUUUCUUGUUAAUAGAGGAGCAGGCCCAGUAGACAAGGGGCAGUGUACGGUGCUGUUUAUGGAAGCAGUAUCUAUAGCUUAAUGGUGCGUUGUUGCCAUUGAUUUAGUCAAGUAAGUAGUAUUGUGUCCUUCAACAGAGACACAGAGAUCAUCGGUAUGGGAGCAGAAAAGUAUAAAUGAAACUGUAUUUUGCCAUUCAUCUUAUGUUUUUCUAACACUCACAAUAUUUACGCAAGUAUCAAUCGAAAAUGAUUGCACUAGUGGAAGGACCAUGCAGAUCCGUCAUUACAGGAGUUGUAUGAGGUGGGUGUGCAGUAGUUUGUGUUCAGUUCCUGGUCCUUGGGAAUUUGGGGUUUUAAUGAUGCACCUGUUCAGAUGUAUCUUGGUUCUGUGUAAACGUGUUUAAUCAGGGACACCCACAAUUCUUCUUUAUGUGGUGACGGGGUAGUAGAGGGGGUCUGGUUUUGUUUUUCAUCUUUUCAAAAAAGAUACAGGAGCAAAAAUGAUCUGGAUCGUAAGAUAAAUGCGUGUAACAGUUUGUUUAAAACUAGCCCUUAUUUUUAAAACUGAUCUGCCCUGUGGAAAAGGCAGUCGUUUUAUUUAUUUUUUUAAAGUCACUAAAAUGAUUGGUGGUAAGUUUUCAGUGUUAACGUUAUUUACAUUAUAAUUAGUUUUAAAUGGUUAAAAGGCUUACAACAUUAUCUGCAGUAGCUUAUUUUCAAUUUCUUCCCCGAUUAGCUUGUGUUAGCUGCAUAUUUCUCUCAGUUCUGUGAAUGCACAUUAAUCUGGCACAAUAUUUGUCAACUGCUGUUUACCCAAAGCAUUAAUUUAAUUUACAUUUAUUUGGCGUUAAUGAGGCAGCUGCUGUAGAUACCUUUCAUAGAAAUGACUCAGCAGAGAGCAAACAGUGAGUCAGCAAAGAGCUUUUCUGCUGUGACAAGUAAUUAGCAUAAGAGCUGCUUUGCUUUCUUGCACCAGUGCAUGACGUAAUUAUAAUCCUACGCCAGUUAUUCCUCGGUCACAUGCCUGGCCCGUGUUUGCGAUUGAAAUUUCUGUUGCCGUCAGCUUCUCUCUGCUUCUGCUCAUUGCUAUACCGACAGAAGGGGGUUUGACAUCCUGUCUGAUAACGCUUUCAAUUUAUAAUCAGUUGAUAAGGAAGAGAUGAGUGAAGCAUCCUAUCGCAUUGCUUUUAAGUGUGCAUUUAUGUCAUUUUUGUACAAAAGGGUCAGUGCCCUGGUCCGUUGUAGUUGGUUUAGCUUUGUAAUCUGUGAUCCAUGAUGCCUGGAUUUGAAUCAGACUGUAGAUGUACAGUUAUACUGUAUUUCAAAUGUUUUUUUUUCAGAAGAAUUACUUUUACCUGAAAUAGACAAGUUGAUCUUUUAGACGAGUUGAGUGUCACGGCCCGCAUAGCAGGAACUGCACUUGCAGGCAUACAUCGGGGAAACCCCACUCAAGUUCAGAUGGAGAACGUCUCCUGCCUGUCAUCUGUACCCAAUGUAUUAAUCAGAAAGCCUUUUACUCAAGCAGCAUUACUGAAUGCUACCUUGACACCAAACUGGCACUCAGAAGCUCAAUCAGUAUUAUUCCCUUUAAUUCAUUAAGUUGCAGGCUGAAUUCUCUCUGCCGGUAGUUAAGGGUUAUUCACUUUCUGUGCUGUUUGCAUCACCUUUUUUUCCUCCUUUCUCCUUUCCUCACAGACCAUCUCUGGAAUUCAUGUGUGUGUUGUAGUCCCAGUGUGCUUGUUUUCACUCACUGUUGAUGAAUUUACAUGCUGCCACUGGGAAAGUGCAGUAAAAGUGUGAGCUAUUUUAGCCCUGCUAUCACUGAAAGAGAGAUUCUGUAGUGCUUUUCUGACAUGCUUUCCAGGACAAAGACUAGGUUUCUAGGACUGUGAUCCUUGAGUUGUUUUAGAAGAAAGCUGCUUUAGCCCUGUGCUCCAGCAUUGUUGUUUCUGGAUAUGAUGACAGCGAUACACCAGCACGACCCGCCAGCUGCUCUUACCUCUGUGUCCACCUAGUGUACUGUAAGCUGCUGUUCUGGAGCCUCUGAUCCAUUCCGCUAACAGAAUCUUUCUUGCACAAUGCUGUGUCACAUAGCUGUCACCGGGUCCACUUGCAUCACUGCAGACUAGCACAGAUGCAUGUUCUUCACAGGCGCGAGAUAGGAAACGUGUUCUUCACUCCAGUCCUAUGCAGUGUGUUGAAUAAAGAGGGUUUUCAGUAGUUUCUUCGCCAUAAAAUUAGAUGACAUUUAGACCAAUAAGAUAAUUCCAAGCACCAACUCUGUUAAGGAAUAACUUUAUUGGUUCUGUCUGACUGCCACAAGUCAUGGUAUGAAAUGCGUUAAGUUCUUGCUUAUGUCUGGGUGAAAUACAUAUGUAGCAUUUCACAUUUUUUCUUAAUGUUUUCACUACACUCACAAAGUAGCUGUUUUGAUGAAACUCUGCUUCCUGGUAUAAAAUAAUAAUUGCUUACACUUAUAAAGCGCUUUACAGGUAAUGGGGACUCCCCUCCACCGCCACCAAUGUGCAGGAUUACGCAACUUUGACCAAGUGUCAAGGAUCAAGCCUCUUCACAAAUGCCCAAUGAUAUCAAGCAGGAACACUGCAGGGUGCAAAACCUUUUGAAUGUGGUAAAGAAAAAGAUUUGUGGUUUGUCCGUGGAGCCACCUGCCAGUAAGCACUCAAUGAAAAAUACAUUGUUGCUUCUGUCGGCCAUUCAGACCUUAAUUAUUCCAUUCUAAUUACAUUUUUUAGGUAUGUUUAUUUCCAGUAUAUUUCUAUUUUUUAAACUAUGCUAUUAACUACCUAGCAUGUUUCAAAGUCUGAAAAAGCCUAUCGGCUGCAGCUAGUAAAAAUGAAUUGAUGAUAUAUCGUAAAUGUCCCAUGGCAGUGCAUGUUCGAGCUUCUUAUGGAUAUUUUGCAAAAGCAGGCUGGCCUCCUUUGACAUUGUACGCUCCAGCCCUCUCUGUACGCAAUGUGAAGUGGCUUGCAGUGCUGUGGAAAGGCUGUGAUGUUAAAGGUGGGUUGAAGUGCACAAGUAUUUUUUUAGGAAAAGACAAUGAGAUCACCUUCAAUCCAGUCACCGGUAUUCUCUGUUUCUAUCUGUGUUGCCAUGUAAAUUACACUGCUGCGUAAGAUGAGCCAUGCGAGCUGCUCCACUACUACUGCACUGGAUACUAAAUUAUUCUUUUAACAAUAAAAACAAAAAGCAAAGCGA